AGAGCAAACUGUUCAAAGGAAUCAAGAGCCAUGCAAGGAAAAGACGUAAAGGCAAAAUCAAGAAGAAAACAAGAUGGACAAAGAGACGGCCAACGUGGUAAAAACGCGCAAAUUCACGUGCACAUGCCACAUGCGCAUCGAAGCGAAGGAAGCAAAAGCAGUCCCGUGAUCCAUCGGUAUCGCACAGGCUUGGAGCUAAGCAGCCGCUCACGAUCAGAAGGAAACCUUGUUUCAGCACAAAUGUUUGAUUUGAAAAGUCAACGCGAAGUCGGUUUGGGACAAGCAGAAAAAAACCUGCAUCUUCCAAGACUACAACAAAGUAAAACGGCAAAAACCAGCCCAGUGAUAGACAAUGGUGAACUUAGGGUAAAGGCUGUUUACCAGCCAGAUACAGACAUUUCAAGAGCAUUGUUGAGAAUGUCUGGCUUAAGUGACAACUAUCACAGAAGAAUGCUAAAUGAGUACAUAAAAAAAGAGAAUAGAGAGUAUUUAUCAAGCGACUUCAAAAGGGAAAGCUUAUUACAGUGGCUUAAUGAACAAAAAAUUGCAAAUACUUAACUACUAUUGGCCUCAAAGAAAUCAGACCGAGAGGUAAAGCUAGUUCAAGGGUAUCGUGCGCUAAAAUUUUUACUUUCAUCAAGAUUAUUGAAUUCAUUGAGGCUUGGAAACAAGAUCUAAGAUUAGCAGCUUCCGGGCAAAUAUUUUUUCCGCUUUUUUGUCUCUCAAUACCCGGAUCGGAUUUGAGGAUUACAGGAUUUAUAAUAUCGUGAAUGCCAUUAUAUUUGCUUCAAUUAGUUGUCACUGAAUUUUACGACUCGGAAUCUUUCAUUGGUUAUGAAACAUAACAGUUCCAUGGAAGCGAAUGUUUGAAAUAUUGCCGCGAGUUUCUUAUCUUAGCCGGUUAACAAAAGGAUAUUGAAACAUUUUCAAUUAACUAAAAACUCGACGUCAGAAAAAACCUGUCAGAAAAGAGCUUUGUACACAACCAGCUUUAAACGGACAAGAAAUGUAUUUAAAGGAAAGAAGUAAUUAAAACCAGCAGUGUG